AUGGGAACCAGAACUGCACGCGCCACCGUGAUGAGUGGCAAAGAUUUUGAAGUUCGAGAGUACCCGAUAGUUGACCCUGCACCCGGUACGGUGCUCGUGCGUCAGGAGUUAGGUGGCAUUUGUGGCACCGACCUUCAUAAUUGGGAAUUUCAGCAUAUCAACCACGACAUUAUCCUCGGACACGAGAAUGUCGGCGUGAUAGAGACUUUAGGUGAAGGGGUCGAAACAGACUACCUCGGCAAUCCAGUCAAGGUAGGCGACAGGAUCGUGCUGUCCCCCAGCGGAGGACUCGGUUUUUCUCCUGCAGAAGAAGCACCGUAUCUGCGCGGUGGUUUCAGUGAGUACAUCUACCUCUCAAACCCGUCAACGAAUAUGUUUCUUAAAACCGAUCUGCCACCGGAAAUCGCUGUGCUCGCGGAACCGGCUGCCUGUGCCGCACACUGUAUGUCACGCGGCAAAAUCGAAUUCGGGGACACGGUUGUAAUUCAAGGAACCGGUCCCAUCGGUCUUCUUGCGCUUAAUUGGGCAAGAGUCUCUGGUGCCGGAAGACUUAUCGUCGUCGGUGGUCCCCCCGGAAGGCUUGAAAUGGCGAAAAGGUUAGGGGCGGAUCUUACAAUUGACAUCAGCGAAGUGCCAGAUCCCGAAGAGCGAAAGCGGAUUGUCCGAGAAAACACACCACAAGGCAACGGCGCGGAUGUUGUCUACGAAUGCACCGGCUUCCUCGCCGCUAUUCCCGAAGGCCUAGACUAUAUCAGGCAUAGCGGAACCUAUGUUGUAUAUGGACACUUUGUGGAUGUUGGCUCUUUUGAUUGUAAUCCGAACCAGAUGUUAAUGCGUAAAAACCUUCGAUUGGAGGCUGGAUGGGGAUUUGAGAGGAAGCAUUUUAUCCGCGCCAUACCGAUGCUUGAGAAACAUGCCUCACUCUUUGAAGGUUUUGUCAGCCAUGUUCUUCCGUUAGAGGAUGUGUCCAAAGGUUUCGACGCGCUUCACGGCAGUUACCACUUAGACGGAAAGGACGCGAUUAAGAUCGCUGUCAAAGGCGGUGUUGCCUAA